AUGAAUGACCCACCAUUAAUGUCCAAAUCAACCACCGCCAUUCUCCGCCGCGACGGCGGAGGUCAAGAAAGUCAGACUUACCGGUUAGCCAUCCAAGUCAUCCAAGGGCGGUGGUUCUCACUUUUUGCUUCUUUUCUGAUCAUGGCCGGCGCCGGUGCAACCUACCUCUUCGGCAUCUACUCCAAAGACAUCAAAACAACCCUUGCCUAUGAUCAAACCACCCUCAAUCUCAUCGGAUUUUUCAAAGACUUAGGUGCCAAUAUCGGCGUUAUUUCCGGCCUUAUCGCCGAAGUCACCCCAACAUGGUGUCUCCUUCUCAUCGGUGCCGCCGUAAACUUCACCGGAUACUUCAUGAUGUGGCUCGCCGUCACUCACCGUAUCCCGGAGCCACGUGUCUGGCAAAUGUGCAUGUAUAUGUGCAUCGCCGCCAACGCACAGAACUUCGAAAACACCGGCGUUCUCGUGACCACCGUCAGAAACUUCCCGGAAAAUAGAGGGGUGGUGUUGGGUCUGUUAAAAGGCUUCACCGGAUUAAGUGGAGCCAUUAUGGCUCAAAUUUACUUGGCCGUCUACGGUGACGACUCAAAAGCUCUUAUCCUCCUUAUUGCAUGGCUUCCGGCCGCCGUAUCGGUGGUUUUCGUUUACACCAUUAGAGAGAUAAACGGUGUAAAACAAUCCAAUGAAAACGAAAUUAGGGUUUUCUACCAUUUCUUGAUUGUGUCCAUUGUUCUAGCUUUGUUCAUCAUGGCCAUGACCAUAGCUCAAAAGCUGGUGGCUUUUUCACCGGUGGCAUACGCCGGCAGCUCCUCUGUCAUCUGUUUUCUACUUUUUGCACCCCUCUUUAUCUCGAUCAAACAAGAACUAGAGUUCUUAAAGAAAACCAACCAAGAAUCAAGUAGGGUUUCUGAAGUUGAAAUAGAGAAUUUGGAUCAUGAUGAUCAUGAACCAUCAUUGAAUUCGAACUUCAAAUCAGAACGAAAACUGUCUUUUUUUGAAAACGUCUUCUUGAAAAAACCCGAAAGAGGCGACGAUUUCUCGAUCUUACAAGCGCUCUUAAGCACCGAUAUGGCAAUUCUUUACGUAGCGACAUUUUGUGGGCUCGGAACGAGCUUCACCGCGGUCGAUAAUCUUGGUCAGAUCGGAGAAUCGUUAGGGUACCCAAGAAAAUCGAUUAGCACGAUCGUGUCACUUCUAAGUAUUUGGAAUUAUUUCGGCCGGAUCUUCGCGGGUUUUGUAUCCGAACAUCUUCUAAUCAAGUUCAAAUUCCCUCGGCCUCUUAUGAUGACACUCGUGCUGCUUCUUUCUUGCAUCGGUCACCUCCUCAUCGCGUUUCCUUUCACGGGGUCCGUUUAUAUUGCGUCUAUAAUCAUCGGGUUCUCAUUCGGUGCGCAACUCCCACUACUUUUCGCCAUUGUUUCAGAGCUAUUCGGGCUAAAACACUUCAGCACGUUGUUCAAUUGUGCGCAAUUAGGAAGCCCGGUUGGAUCUUAUGUUUUGAACGUUAGAGUCACUGGCCCGAUGUACGAUAGAGAGGCGUUGAAGGUGUUGGAAAGCAGCGGGUUGGGUCGAUCAGCGGUGAAAGAGUUGGUUUGCAUUGGCAAGCAAUGUUAUAGGCAAUCAUUUAUGGUGUUGGCUGGUGUUUGUUGCUUUGGAGCCUUGGCUACACUUGUGUUGGUGGCGAGAACAAGAGAGUUCUACAAUGGUGAUAUUUAUAGCAAGUUCAAAGAGCCAAAAGGGGUGGCCAAGACCCAACACUUGUAA